GGGGACUACCCUAACUAAACAAUUGUAUCCUCUGGCUGGAAUGCGAGCUUCAAGGAGCAGUGUGAGGCACCAGCCAUUUUCCGGCCGGCGACAGAGUUCCUGGCGCGGACCCGGAAGCAGUGACAUUUGCGGAUGUGGCUGUGAACUUCACCCAGGAAGAGUGGCAGCAGCUGGACCCGGUUCAGAAGACUCUACACCAGGAUGUGAUGCUGGAGAUCUGUAGCCACCUGGUUUCUGUAGGAUGUUCAGAUAUAAAACCAGAUGUAAUCUUCAAACUGGAACGUGGAGAGGCCCCAUGGAUCAUCGAGAGUGAGUUGUCAAGAUGGAUCUACUCAAGCAGGAAGAAACGCCUUGAACUUACUCAGCAGAUUAUUUCUGGGGAAUACUCAUUUCAAAGAGAAAUAUUGGAAAGAGCCCCAAAGGAUAAUUUAUUGUAUUCUCUUUUAAAAGUCAGGCAUGUUGAUGGUCAGAAAGAUGAAUAUCAAGGAAACCAAGACCAUGUUUUGAGGCAGUUCAUAGUUAACAGCCAUGAAACAUUGACUGAGAAGAGAGAAGCCAAGCAUAAUGAAGUUGGAAAAAUAUUUAAUGGGUGCAAAGACCUUGAUCCCUCAAGUGAAAAACACUCAUGUGGAAGGAGAUUGACAUCUGAUUUAGACUCAAUAACUUGUAGUAAGAGCUAUGCAAGAAAGAACCCCAUCGAAAAAUUUGGGUGUGGGGGAGCACCUAGCUAUAGUGUUUCCUGUUCAGUGCCUGAGAAAAUACAUGGAGUAAAAUCCUAUGGACAUAGAGAGUGUGAAACAGUUCUCAGUCAUAAGCAAACCCAUAUACACCAUAAGAGAGUUCAAACUGGGGGGAAGCUCAACAAUUGUAGUGUGUGUGGAAAGGGCUUUAUUAAGAAGUCACAACUCAUUAUACAUGAAAGAAUUCAUACUGGAGAGAAACCGUAUGUAUGUGGAGAUUGUGGGAAAGCCUUUAAUGAGAAAUCACAUCUCAUCGUACAUCAGAGAAUCCAUACUGGGGAGAAACCCUAUCAAUGUACUAAGUGUGGGAGGGCCUUCUCCCAGAAGUCACCAUUCAUCGUUCAUCAGAGGGUCCACACUGGAGAGAAACCCUAUGAAUGUUCUGAGUGUCACAAAACAUUCUCCCAGAAGUCACAUCUUGUUAUACAUCAGCGAGUUCAUACCAGAGAGAAGCCUUUUGAAUGCAGUGAAUGUGGAAAAGGCUUCUGUAAGAUGUCUCACCUUUUUCUACACCAAAUCACUCAUACUGGGGAGAAACCCUUUGAAUGUGCUGAAUGUGGGAAGACUUUCCCUCGGAAAACACAACUCAUCAUUCAUCAGCGAACGCAUACUGGAGAGAAACCAUACAAGUGUGGUGAAUGUGGCAAAACCUUUUGCCAGCAGUCUCAUCUCAUAGGACAUAAAAGAAUUCACACAGGAGAGAAACCUUAUGUAUGUUCUGACUGUGGGAAGGCCUUUUCCCAGAAGUCACAUCUCACUGGACAUCAAAGACUUCAUACUGGAGAGAAACCUUAUAUAUGUACAGAUUGUGGAAAAGCUUUCUCUCAAAAAUCACCACUUAUUAUACACCAGAGAAUUCAUACAGGGGAGAAACCCUAUGAGUGUAGUGAAUGUGGCAAAACCUUUUCCCAGAAGUCACCCCUCAUUAUUCAUCAAAGAAUUCAUACUGGGGAAAAACCCUAUGAGUGCACCGAGUGUGGGAGGGCCUUUUCUCUGAAGGCACAUCUCCUUGUUCAUCAGAGAGCUCACCCUGGAGAGCAACUGUAUGAAUGCAGUGACUGCGGAAAGGUCUUUUGUGAGAAGUCUCCAAUGAUUGUCCAUCAGAGAACCCAUAGCAAAGAGAAAUCCUCUGAAUGUGCUGAGUAUGAGAUGAGUUUUUCUCAAAAAUCACAGAUGAUCACAUAUCAGAGAACACAUACAGGGGAGAAAUGCUCCAAGUGCAGUGACUGUGGGAAGGUCUCCUGCCAGCAUGUACACCUCCGUGAUCAGCAGACUCCAUAUAGGAGAGGAACAUUAUACACAUACUGAUCGAGCAACAGUCUCUUCCUAGAAGUCAACCCUCAUCGUGCACAGGGAAACUCACAUCAAACAGAGAUUCUAUAGAUAGGUUGGACAUGAAAAAUGUGCUACUUCCUCAACUGUAGAAUAGACUCACAUAUGCCUCUAUAUCUGAUUACUCCUAUAUGGAAUGAUCUGGCCUUUAUAGUGUUUUCAUUGCUGUAAAUAAGUAAUGGGUUUGCUUACCCCCAAAGUAUCUCAGCCUCCUUCCCAGAAUAAAACAU